AUGUCGCGGCCCGCCGUCGGCAUCGACCGCCUGCCGCAGCGCCGGCUCAGCACCGAACCGAGGGAGGCAAUGAACUGCAAGAGCUGCCGCAAGCGCAAGAUCAAGUGCAACCGCCUGCGUCCCACGUGCGAGGCCUGCAAGGUCUUCGAGUGCCCGUGUAUCUAUGACGCCGUCCCCAAAAAGCGCGGCCCCAAAACGGAUGCCAUCGAGGCACUCCUUAAGCGUGUCGACAGCCUCGAGAAACGCCUCCAUGAAGAGAGCAAAGACAAGCCACCCUCCGACAAGAAGAAUGACACCCCCAUCGAGGACUUCAGCGCCCCGCCGCCGCCCUCCAAGCCACCGCAACACUCUCCCCCGCUAGCACAGAAACCAUCGAUAGGCAUCAAUCCAAAUGCUAGCAUCUCAACAACCUCCAUUUCACCUACCGAUGUCAGUCAACCGACUCCUUUUCAGCGCCUGGACAUUCUGCUCGACACCUACUUCGCACGCGUCCACGGCAAACCCUACUACAUUUUGGACGAACUCACCACGCGGCAACGUCUGCAGCAUCACCAGCUCCCGAGCCACCUAGCAUAUGCCAUCUAUGCAGUGAGCGCGCGAUACACGUCCCACCCUGCAGGCUACAGCGCCGCGGUCCGUUCCGCCGAAGACUAUGCGGCUCGCGCCCGCGCCGAACUCGAUACGGACGAACCGUCGAUAGAGUCCCUGCAAACGCUACUUCUGCUUGCCAUGGCUAGUUAUCAAUCCGGACGUGGAAAGAAAGCGUACAUGUUUUUGACAACUGCAAUCAGCAUGGCGUUCGCCCUGGAGCUCCACCGGGAAAUGCCCCUGAUGUUAAAUAUCCCGCCUUCAGAACGCGAGGGACGCCGACGCCUGUUUUGGGCAUGCUACCUGAUGGAUCGUUUUUCCGCCUGCGGAUCGAAGAGGCCUUCUCUCAUCACAGAUGAAGCGGUCAUGCUCCGCCUCCCUUCAGCUGCAUCUGGACCGGGAUCUUUGAUGCUCGAGGGCGACUUCUUCCGGAACGGCUCGAACCUGCAGUACAUGGCCGGACCGGGCAAGCAAGGCCAGAGCAGUACGGUGAUGCUGAUCGGUAUUGCGCGGAUCCUCGGAAUAACGAAUAGGUAUCUCGCUGCGGGUGGUGUGAAGGGCGACUCCCACUUCCCAUGGCACUCGCUGUCGAAUCUUUCGAAGAUUCGGCAUGAGCUGGACAUGUGGGCAUCGGAGACUCAGGACACGUUCAGCUCGCUGGAGAAUCUGUUUGGGCAUCGAGAAAGCACCAUGCUUGUCCUGAGCAAACUGGUGUAUCAUUUGAUCCAUUGCUUGAUUUACCGGCCGUUCCUUCCCAUGGACCUCGCCGAACUGUCCAUCACCGGCCAGCAUCAGUCGUGGCAGAUUGAGGCAACAAACCUGUGCUUUCUCCAUGCCAACGCGAUCGCGGAGCUCGUGGAGAUCGGAAGGGCAUCGUCUAUCAUUGAUUGGCCGGCCUUUGUUGGCUACUGUGUCGGUACAGCCGGCACCAUCCACGUGCACGGAGCUCAUUACCGGGGCCGCGAGGGAGAAGUCUACUCCACAAGCCCGGAACUUCUUUCCAGGGAGAUGCAACAGCUCGCGGAGCUUCGCUUCAUCUGGGCUGGUGUGCAACAUCAGCGGGAUACCCUUCAGUGGAUCUACGGCUGCCACUCCGAACUUGUCAAGUCCAUGGCCGGCAACGCAAUGCGAUUUUCACCAACCUUGGAUCUUGAGGACUUUUUUGACAGGUACCCUGGUCAUGCUCUUGAUGGAGCACACGUCACGUUCCAAGAUCUUUCUCACGACUCUAUACGUGAGAGUGUGUCGUUGUACACGGCUUCCCCACAGAAUCCCUACUAUGGGGCCAAUUCUUUCCCCUUGCCCGCCCAACCUCCGCUACUCCCGUCGCAACCCAACCAGUCUCCGACGAGUCCACUAGAGCGGCGCCGGAAACGCCGAUGCACGGUAGCUUCCUCAACGUCGGGGCAUUCCACCACCAAUAUCGGCUCAAACAACCCCAACAUUAAAUCCGAGGAGGCUGGAAACGUGGCCGGUGCUUCGGCUUCUGUAUCGAACGAUCAAACCGGCUCUACCAACAAGCAAACUGCCUCGCCUGAGGAGCAGCACCGUCAACCCCAGCAACAACAGCAAAAUCAAAACCAUCUCAGCAUCGGGGUAAGCAACAACGAUGGCAGCUCAAACCUCCAGGCUUUUUCGCAGCAAGUCAUCACACCGUUCUCGCCUGGCUUCAACUUUUCGGCUGCAUUCACACCGGAUCCGAGUGGUGCGUCGAGGAAUCAAAACGGCAAUGAGGGACAUUACGACCCAAUGUUUAGCAUGCCGACUCCAUACGAGCAACAAAGAACGCCAGGUGCUGCUAGCGCAGCGGGCAGCAGCCAUACGGAGACGAGCUCGGAGAAGGACCCGUUCUUGACUCUCCUCGAGCAGUUGGCGGAGAACGAACAGAGUAGGGGUGGCCCCAGCGAACUGGACUUCUUCCUGAGUGGGACGCAGUAA